UAGUGGUACCGUUUUAUCAUGCUUACGGAUUGGGCUUGCUGUUACUCGGUCUUUUCGCGAACUGUACCUUGAUCAUAAUGCCGACCUUCGAGCCGCAACUCUUCCUAACUUUGGUGCAGGAAUAUAGGAUUACCUAUCUGCCGGUGGUGCCGCCAAUCGUGACGUUUCUGGCGAAACACCCACUGGUAGAUAAGUACGACUUUUGCAGCGUGAGAGAACUUCUGUCCGCAGCGGCACCACUUUCAAAGAAUAUUGUAACUGCGGUGAAGGCUCGCACCGGCAUAAAAUGCCUUCGCAACGGCUACGGCAUGACGGAGUCGUCGUUUACGAGCAAUGUGAGCGGACGCGACGAUGAUGAUGACGA